GGUUCCUCCCCCCUCCACCAUAAACCUGCCUCUUUCUGUGGAUGCUUCCUCCCCUCGCUCCUAGACAGAAAGCGUCCCUCUCACCCUCCUCUGUCGGCACGCAGGAAUCGAACACAACUGACGUCGUCGACGCUGCAUCGCCCGCAUCGUCCAAGCCGCCACUUCCCACUCGCCAGCAACAGAAGAAGCCACCCAGCGCGUCCCGGCCACCCCUGCCAGCAACUGCGAAACAGGGAGAGAGCGCUUCUCCGUCGACCAGUGCGCCAAGCGCAGCAGCAGCAGAAGCCGCGGUUGUCCCUCGGCAGCCCCGUAUCUCUGCGCUUCCGACGCGUGUACCUCUGUGCAAGGCAUUGGGUGGUGCGAGGCUGUCCAAUGCCCCACCGCAGAGGAAGCCCCGUCGAUCGGCAAGCCAGCCGCCCGCUGAGCCAUCCAUCAGCACAUCUCAGCCCGCUGGUGGUGAUGUGAGAGCAGCCGAUGUGCGGCGGAAGGAUGUCAUCCCUCGUCCAACGCGCCGGCCAACACUCGCCCCGAGGAGUGCCACGCCGGGCCCAUUCUCCCAGCGGACCGUGGCGGUGAAGGAGCCAAGGCAGAACCAAGUCGUGAGGAAGAAACGGGAUGCGAGCGUGGGGCCAAAGGUGCGUCCAUCUGCGGUGCGUUCGCCCUCCGUGCCGCCGGAGAGAGUGGAGGAGGGGCCGAAAAGGAGAGGGAGGGAGGCUGGGGAUGGGGGUGCGGGCGAAAAGGGCGGCGAUAGUGGUGUGUUCUCUUUGAGCGCUUUUGAGAUGGGUAGGCCGCUGGGCAAAGGGAGAUUUGGGUGUGUCUAUCUGGCCAGGCAUCGCCCGACGGGCCAGAUGGUCGCACUGAAGGUGAGCGGGCAGGAAGAGAAAGAGAAAGGGUGGGUGUACCGCGUGUGUGUCUGUCCAUGAGUGUGGAUGGAUGGAUGUGGUGUAGGUGAUGCAUCGCAGCAUGGUGUUGGGCGAGUCGUUUGUGCAUCAGAUCCGACGAGAGGUGGAGAUACAGGCACGCCUCAGGUACAUCUACACCUACACACAUGACCACAUUCUCCGCAUUUUUCUGUUUAGUGUGCAGACAUCCUCACGUGUUGCGUCUGCACGGUUUCUUCCGUGACCAGCAGAGGCUGUACCUAGUGCUGGAAUACGCCGCCAAGGGACCGCUCUUCAACAAACUCAAGUACACACAGACAAAGACAGACACUCCCAGCGCAUUCGUCCACCCCAUGGGAUGGAUGGAUGGAUUGCAGACAGCAGGGCAGGCUGAGUGAGGCGGAGACGGCCAAGGCAAGCGAGCCGCACCGAACUGAUCCCCAACACUUUCAUGGCGGUGUAUUGUGUGGUCUGGUGUGCGCAGUAUGCGGCCCAGCUGGCGCUCGGCCUGCAGUUCCUCCACUCGCGAGGCAUCCUGCACAGAGGUACACACCCGCACAUGACACACGAGGGGGGAAAACCGCGUGGAAAUCUGUCCGUUGUAUCGUCAGAUUUGAAGCCCGAGAACCUGCUCAUCACAGAAGAUGACACUCUCAAGAUAGCUGACUUCGGUCCGUGCUCCGUGCCACACACACACACACACACACACGGAGACGGACGCCUAACAGCCGGCCGGCGUGUAUGUGGUGUCUAUCAGGUUGGGCCGUGCUGGCGCCUCGCGAGAAGCGGCGCACUCUCUGCGGCACGGCUGACUGUAAGUGGACUGACUUCUGACACAGACAGACAAUGAAUGCGUGUGUGAUAUGCAUACGUAGAUUUAGCUCCUGAGGUGGUGGAGCGGCGGGCCUAUGAUACCAAGUAGAGUAGCCAGCCGAGACACACAUGACACCACAACGAUCUGGCCUACAUUGAGGCGUGGAAUACCAUGAUGAUCUGGAUGCGCGCACACAGGGUUGACGUGUGGUGUUUCGGCGUGACAGUGUAUGAGCUGCUGACGGGCGAGCCACCCUUCAAGAGCCACUCACAGGUACUAAAUGGAAUGUGUCUCAUUCCAUUCAUUCCUCAGCUUUAUCUCAUGUGUGUGUCUGUGUGUGUGUGUCAUGCAGGAGUCGAUGUAUGCGUUGAUCCGUCAGUGUUCCCUCCGGCUGCCGAGCGACCUGUCAGACGAUGUCAAGGACCUGCUCAGCAAGGCAACACAAACACACACAUGCAGAGCACAAAGCGCUGACAUGUGUGUGUGCACCAUGUGUGUGUGUUGUAUGGUUGGCGGCUGUGUGUCAGGUGUUGACUCAGCCGGUGAAUCGCAUUAGCAUCGACCAGGUGCUGGACCACCCCUGGAUCAGACGCGCCCUCCCGCCUGCCCAUCAACCCUCACCACCACCACCACCACGCCCCCCUCCCACACCAGCUCUCGAACCGGCACCUCACCCCGUUGUGCCGCCCAUUCAGCAGCGACUGCCCCCACAGCCCAGCAUGAUCACCAAGAAAAAGGGCGACACGGCAGAAGCGAGAGAUGGGAGUGGAGGGGGCGGGGGUGGGGAUGGUGUGACAGACGGUUAGUUGUGUCUGCCUGUGGAACGGAGGUGUGCGCGUGCAUUGUCAGUG